AUGCAUUACGUUGUGCUGGAUGUCCAGAUAGAUAGCAGCGCUGUGAAGCCUGUGCUGUUACGACUGGGGUAUCAGGUUAUUGAUCCGGUUAGUCUGGAAGCGCGCAAUGAGCCGUAUGUGGUAGAUGUCGACGGAGAAAGUAUCAAGGAAUUUAUCGCCAAGCUGGAUGAGGAUCUUAAAAGCCAUGCCACGGUUGCCAAUCACCAGGAGUCACAGGACGGAUCCCAAAGUGGAUCAGAUGUAGAGAAAGAGUUUGUGUUUUGCACACUGAACCCCAGCUGGUCCGUGAAGGUCGGACUGGUAAGUAGUGCCAAUGAUCUAGGUGUUGAGUUGCCAGAGUACUUGCGGUACCCAGUUUUUUUUGAUAUCUGGAAGGAGUACAGUAUAUGGAAGAAGAAUCACAGCGAUUCCUCUGAGAGUCCACAGACGCAAGCCAAUGGUGAGUCAAUUGACAGUUUUGCUGGCAAGAUCGAGGAAUUAGUAAGGACACUUGAUGUGAGUACUGAAUAUGAUGAACUAAAACAGAAAAAUGACGAUCCAACAUUCGACGUUAGACUGGCCACUUUGGUACUUACAGCGUUGCACAAGAAAUGCGUUACCCCAGUUGAUGACACAACGGUGCUGACGGUGCCAUAUGAUCUAGGCAUGGAUUACAAAAAUUUCAUAGAAGAGCAAUCGAAGAUUCUGUAUAUCAGUAACAUACCGUCCGAGCUAAACCAAACAGAUUUAGAAGGGUGGUUUCAACAGAAAGGGGUUGCAUCUGUGGGCUUCUGGACGUUAAAGAACAUUUCGGAUGAUGCUACUCUUGCCAGUCAGAGAAACCAUGGUAAAAUGCUGUCAAUCCCAGACUCAAUGUUUGGCUUUGCCAUAUUUCAAUCCCACAAUGAUGCCGAAUACGCACUAAACCUGCACGGCACAGUAAUGAAGAUAGUGGCCCCCAAGGGUAACAAGCAUAUAGAGCAAUUGCUUGACAUACAGCCGUCAUCUAUGCGCCUCUUGGAAAAAGUUCAGGACAACUUGAUACUUUUACCGCAAAAUAAGAAUAAGCCUAGACCAGGUGAUUGGAAUUGUCCAUCCUGUGGGUUCUCGAAUUUCCAGAGAAGGACGGCUUGCUUCAGGUGCGCCUUCCCUGUGCCUAACGGUGUUUCUGGUAAUGCUGGUAAACUGCCGAUGACCAGUGUCACCAACAACAUGGUUUCCGGGUACACUAACUAUAAUACUAGGAAUCUUAAUAAUAAAUCCAAUUGGAAUAACAUAGGCCAAGACGGUUACCAGUACAACCAACAACAACAGCUACGCCAAUUACAACAGAUGCAACAGACAUACCAGAUGUAUGCAGCCAACAGGGCUAGCAACAACGGUGGCAAAUCACCAAUACAGAGCAGUUACCGGUCCAAUUACAAUGGUGGUCAAUCGGGGAACUCAAGCUACAACAUGCCACUGCAUAACUACAACAGGUUUAAUCAAGGGACAUCUGCACACCUACCGUACAACUUAACGCACAGCACAUCGUCAAACGGCUAUAUUAGCGAAGGGAACAACCACGGUCAUGGUGGAAUGUCCACAAACAGUGGGAUGAUUGGUGGCUCUAACGUACCGUUCAGGGCUGGUGACUGGAAAUGCCCGGGCUGCUUCUACCACAACUUCGCCAAAAACAUCGUGUGUCUGCGCUGCGGUGGGCCAAAGACCAAGACCACAACAAGAGACAAGAACAACCAGGACGGUGACACAUUGCAACAAGAACAAUUGAACCAGACCAUCAACGCAUUAGCCCAACUUGACAGAAAAGAGGUAUCUGUAUCAGAAAACUAG